AUGGCGGAUCAGAUCAACCAUGAGGAUCAGGCCCGCAGCGGCCAGGUCAUUGCCGCAUACGCAAAGACCCGGCUCAGCACCCUCAAGCCCCCGAUGAAUAGAGCUCCGAAUCCCUUCACGCUCCUCGCCAUGCUCAGUACUAAGCAGUGGCUCUUUUUCUUGGUGGCUUUUUCCGCGUGGACGUGGGAUUCUUUUGAUUUCUUCACCGUCGGCUUGACCGUCAGCGACCUUGGCAGGACCUUCAACAAGACCAACACGCAAAUCACAUGGGGCAUCACCCUGGUGUUGAUGUUCCGGUCGGUGGGCUCCAUCAUCUUUGGGCUCGCAGCCGAUCGAUACGGUCGAAAAUGGCCGUUCGUCGUCAACAACCUCCUCUUCAUCAUCCUCGAACUCGGGACGGCCUUCUGUCAGACGUACGACCAGUUCCUGGCUUGCAGAGCCCUGUUCGGGGUUGCAAUGGGAGGCCUGUAUGGAAAUGCGGCAGCGACGGCGCUCGAAGACUGUCCCGAGGAAGCUCGGGGGCUGGUCUCGGGCAUGUUGCAGCAGGGCUACGCCUUCGGCUAUCUUCUCGCCACAGCCUUUGCGCGAGGGCUGGUGAACACCACGCCUCACGGCUGGAGACCGCUGUUCUGGUUCGGAGCGUGUCCACCGGUCCUGAUCAUCGCCUUCAGACUCUGCCUCCCCGAGACCGAUGCCUACAACGCGCGUGUGCUCGUACGCAAUGAACAGGCCAACAUCGGGAAGACGUUCGUGGCCGAAGGCAAGGUGGCUUUGAAGCGUCAUUGGAUGAUCCUGGUCUAUCUAGUGCUUCUGAUGGCCGGCUUCAACUUCAUGUCCCACGGCUCCCAGGACCUCUACCCGACCAUGCUCACGAACCAGUUCAACUUCUCGGCCAAUGCCGUCACCGUCACGCAGGUCGUCGCUAAUCUGGGGGCCAUGUUGGGGGGCACCGUGAUAGGCUACUGUUCCCAGAUCUUCGGCCGCCGCUUCUCCAUCAUCUUCAUCUCGAUCAUCGGUGGCGCGCUCUUGUAUCCCUACACCUAUACCUCAUCCCACGCCGUCAUCGCCGCCGCCUUCUUCGAACAAUUCUGCGUCCAAGGGGCCUGGGGCGUCAUCCCUAUCCAUCUGAUGGAGCUCUCCCCCGGCGCCUUCCGCACCUUCGUCGUCGGCACCGCCUACCAACUCGGCAACCUCAUCUCCUCCGCCUCGUCCACGAUCGAGUCCACCAUCGGGAGCGAGUAUCCCUUACCACCCGCAGCCGACGGCACGAAGCGGUACCAGUACGGCAAGGUGAUCUGUAUCUUCUUGGGCUGCGUGUAUGUCUACGUCAUUAUCUUGACCUUCGUCGGCCCCGAGUACCUGAAGCGGAGCUUCGAGGUCCGGGACGAUGAGGACACUGCCGAGGCGGCGGGCCACGACACCACCGAGGCUGCGAUGAGCAAGAUUCACAGGCAGGAGGGCAUGGGGAUGGGGAUGAGUGCGACCGAUAGGGCGGAUAUCGAGGCGAUUGAAAAGGGAACUACGAGGAGUGGAGAGAGCACGGAUGCUGUGCAUCGUUAG